AUGACUUCGAGAUGCACGGGAGUGGGGUCCUCCGUGCUCCAGAGAUCACUCCAAGACCAGGAACAGCUGGAAGAGAAUGCAGUUCCACAGCCUUCCGCCAGCCACCUGGAGACCUAGGGCAGACAGUUCCAGAGAAGGCUGCCCCUUGAGAUCACUCAGCCUCAACCGCCAGGCAGGACCUCCUGGAAAGGCCUGGAAACCCCAGAGCCAGGGCAGUAGGGUCUCCAGGCUAUGGUUCACUCAGCCAAAAACACCUUGGGUGCCAUGUCCCCGAGAAUCCAGGAGUCCUGCCAAAGUGGCACCAAGAGGCUGGUGAAAACCCAGGCAAAAGUCAGGACGAGGAGAAGAGGCGCACGGACGAGCAGGAGCCCCCCCACCCCCGCCUCAGCUCACAGCCUGAGUGGCACUUGCACCUGGCUGUCUGGAGCUGCCCCUGCCCCUCAACCCUGGCCUGUGGGAGAGGAGAGGGAGUGUCUCCUCUCUGCCCACAUGGGCCCACAUGACUACCCACUGCGAUGGUCCAGGAGGGAGACUUUCCGGAGCCCCUCCUCCUCAGAGCCCCUCUUCUCCCUCAGUGAAUCUGACAGUGACCUGGAGCCUCUGGGAGCUGGAAUUCAGCCUCUCCGGACACUGUCACAAGAGCUAGCCGAGGCCACUGUGACCGAAGAGAGUGGCUUCCUCCUGAGUUUGCUUCAUUAG